AUGGCCCCGUCGCCCCUAGCCAUGGCCCCUCGCGACCUGCCGCCCCUAACCGCGGCCCCGGUGCCCUGUUGCGCCAUGGUGGGUGAGGGGGUGGCAAGAGGGGGUUCCUCCUGCCCGCGUGCCCUUCAGUCGCAAUCGCAGCUCCGCCCCCGCCCCCCUCCCCCCCCUCCAUGGGGAUGGCGGGGAGAGGGGGAGGAAACUUGGAGGUUCAGGGGGAGGCAGGAGGAGAUCUGCAGCACCAGGUCCCCCACCUUUCUCCUACCUCCCCCUGCUGCGGGAGCAGCAGAGGGGGGGAGGGGACCUGCAGCACCUGCCCCCCCCCCCCCCCCCCCCCCCCCGCCCCCCCCCUUCUCCUCCAUCUCUCUGCUGCGGGUGCAGCAGUGGGGGGGAGGGUAUGGGGGUGGCGGUGGGGGGGAAGGGAUCUGCCAUCCCCCUGCUGCGGAUGCAGCAGUGGGGGGAGGGGACCUGCAGCACCAGCCCCCCCCCCCCCUUCUCCUCCACCCUUGCUGCGGGUGCAGCAGUGGGGGGGAGGGGAUCUGCAUCAGCAGUGGGGGGAGGGGAUUUGCAGCAUCAGCCCCCCCCCCCCCCCUUUUCUCCUCCACCCCUGCUGCGGGUGCAGCAGUGGGGGGAGGGGAUCUGCAGCAGCAGUGGGGUGGGAGGGGAGUUGCAGCAUCAGCCCCCCCCCCCCCCCCCCCCCCCCUUUUCUCCUCCACCCCUGCUGCGGGUGCAGCAGUGGGGGAAGGGGAUCUGCAGCAGCAGUGGGGGGGGAGGGGAGUUGCAGCCCCAGCCCCCCCCCACCCCCCCCCCCCCCCCCCCCCACUUCUCCUCCAUCCCCCUGCUGCGGGUGCAGCGGUGGGGGGAGGGGAUCUGCAGCCCUGUGCCGCCCUGCAGCCCUGUGCGCCCCGCGCGCCCUGCAGCCCUGCUGCGCCCUGCGCGCCCUGCUGUCCUGCGCGCCCUGCGCGCACUGCAGCCCUGCGCGCCCUGCUGUCCUGCUGCCCUGUGCGCCCCGCGCGCCCUGCAGCCCUGUGCGCCCCGCAAGCCCUGCAGCCCUGCGCGCCCCGCGCGCCCUGCUGCCCUGCAGCCCUGUGCGCCCUGCUGCCCUGCUGCUGCCGCUACAGCCCUUGCUGUUGCCGCUACAUCCCUUGCUGCUGCCCUGCGCGCCCAGCGCGCCCUGCAGCCCUGCUGCGCCCCGUGCGCCCUGCAGCCCUGCUGUCCUGCUGCCCUGCGCGCCCUGCGCGCACUGCAGCCCUGCGCGCCCUGCGCGCACUGCAGCCCUGCGCGCCCCGCGCGCCCUGCAGCCCUGCGCGCCCUAUGCGCCCUGCUGUCCUGCUGCCCUGCAGCCCCGCGCGCCCUGCAGCCCUGCUGCGCCCUGCGCGCCCUGCUGCCCUGCUGCCCUGUGCGCGCCCUGCUGCCCUCUGCACGCGCCAUGCACAGCCCCCCCCCCCCCCCCCCCUCCCUUCUUCUUCCUUCCCCUGCUGCAGGUGCAGCAGUGGGGGGGGGUAUGGGGGUGGCGGGUGUGGGUGCAACUGCGGGGUGGCGGGUAUGGGGGUGGCGGGUGUGUGA